CGGCAACGAACAUUGUCAGAAUCUGUUCCAUCUCCAGCAUUGAUAGCAUCAAAGAGUUCUCCUCAUUCUGUUGGCAGAAUUGAUUUCUCUUUUGUACAGUACUGUUUCCCCAUUUUUGCUAGCUGUAGGUUCAUUCUCAGCUCAAUUCGGCCCAGCUCGGCCCAGCUCGGCCCAAGAAACCUUCCUUGCCUGCGCACUUUUCAGCAUUUUACGAAACGUUGCAUAAUCUGCCAGAUAUGUGGACAUAGGCACGAUAUCACCAAAGCCGCAAUCAUACUGUUCUAGACGGCACAAUAUAUCUUAGCUUCGACCCUCUUCGUUCAGAUGAUAUCCUUUUACCUUAAGGGAGAAUAUCAAUAGAAGCCGAGUGGGGGCCUUUUUUCUUUUCUGCGACGAGCGUCCUCGGAGGUCAAUGGCCGGCAAGGCUAAACCUCUUUGUGAUCAAAAGACUGCAAAUGUCUGGGUUGCACGUGUCAUACCGUUUAUCUUGGUUGGCAUUGUUGGAUAUGUCACCUGGGUUUUUGUAGCCUUACUCUGUGUAAAUUAUCUCCUGCAUCCUUCACCAUCUCAGUCCAAUCAUGGCGUGCGCCGGGGAGCCGCCAUUGCCGGGCUUGUUUUAUAUUUUAUCCUGCUACUCAGCAUGACUUUGUCUUACUUCCGACUUGUUUUGGUGGUCCUCACAAAUCCGGGAUAUGUUCCGCGGGGCUCACGAUGGCGCAAAGCUCCAAAGAAUAAGUCAAAUAGCGGCGAGAAGAACCAGAACCAUCAGCCGGAGACGGAUAACGGGAGCUUGCGGGAAAACCCACAGAGGUCAUGGGUAAAUCAACAAGCAGAAUCUAGGCAGGUGACAGGUCACAACGAUGGGGAAUGGAGCGGUGCUAUGGCCGAGGAUGCCCCUACAGAACCCCAGCCUGGCCUGGAGCGCUUCUACACAAAGAAUAUCUUUCUGUGUGAAAACGAUGGUAGACCAGCAUGGUGCUCGAAAUGCCUGAAUUGGAAGCCUGAUCGAGCACAUCAUUGCUCCGAGCUGGAUCGCUGUGUGCGAAAAAUGGACCAUUUCUGCCCCUGGGUCGGCGGUAUCGUGUCAGAAACAAGCUUCAAAUUCUUCAUCCAAUUCGUAUCAUACGCGACCUUCUUUUGUAUUUUUGUAUUGAUAUUCAUGGCAUACUUUGUUGCGGAACGGCGUAGAGAGACAGGUUACACGCACGCCAACUGGGCUGUUACACUCGGUUUUGCUGGGCUAUUUGGCCUAUUCGCGGGUGGCAUGGCAGGCACUUCUCUCCAUUUGGUUUUUACAAACUCCACUACAAUCGAGAGCUUGACCAAAAACGUCAAGGUCUGGCGGUUCGCCGUAUUCAUCCCGCGACCGGAUCUGCUUCCCCGCAGAGACCCUGCCCAAGGCUCUGGUCCUGGUACAGCGUUGGAUUUGUCCACCAUUACUUAUCCGCUAUCACCAACAACUGGCCUUCAGGUGCCCAUGGCGGACUCCAACAGCAAUGACUCAACUCGAGGAAUGUACGGCUCGCAACCGACCUCGCCUGACGCAUCUGUGCGCUCUCCGUCAAACACUACUACCACUCACAAUCCUCACUACAACGGACCUCCCCGCACUUUUGCUAUUUUGCGCACAAAGCCAGGCGAGAACCCGUGGGAUCUGGGCUACUACAAUAACUUUAAGACCGUCAUGGGCAACCACUGGUAUGACUGGUUCAUUCCGGUCCGGCAUAGCCCUUGCACAGACCAUGAAAGCGGCGAAAGUGCGUUCGCAGUUGGUCCUAUUGUAGACCGUCUCCGUGCCGAGGCGGGAAUCCUUCCGAGCACAUCGCCUCUGGGGGGACCUGUCAAUGGAAGGAAAUGGCCUCAAGAUGGUCACCAUUAACACCAUAUGGCUGAGCUGCUUGAUUAGACAGCGCCCUGCAUGGAUUCAUGGUGUGUAAUAUAGGGAUUUCGACUGGCGCGUCGGUGCUCCAGUCCCCUUUUCACUAGUACCCAUUUGGAUUUCGUUUCUGUUCUGUUAAUAAUACAAC